AUGAGAGGAAGUGAUCGCUCCCUACCAUCCUGUCUCUUAUGCACCAAGCUACAUCGUAGCUGCGUAUACCCAACCCUCCGUCUCAAACCUGGCCCGAAAGGUGACUCAUCCCAACGGUUGCGGGAGGAUCUCUCGAUGAAUCGGGCUCGGAAACGCUCUAUCGAGAAGAGUCCUUCGCUUAAAGAUCAUUUCAACAAUCUCGAGGGCACCGGCUGUGACUUCCGUCUUCAUGAUGAGGAUUCAUCGAACGAGAACAGUGCGGAGUCUGAUGACAUUCAAUUCAAUUCCAUCGACGUGGAAUCUAAUUUUGUCAAGGCCAUCGGUCUUUCUGCUUUAAUCCACCCUACACAUGAUCUUUGCUUGCUUACUUUGCCCAUGAAACAAGAAACAAUAUUAUCCGGAUCUAUUUUGAAUCUUGCUGGAGCUCAGAGUUUACUUAUGGACGCCUGCGACGCCUUUGGUCUAUCACUUGAGGGCUUCCAACACUUAACGGAUAUUUACUUUGACUCUAUGACUGAAUUUUCCCUGUUUCAUCGGUCUUCAUUUGGAAAUAAGAUCCAGAACAUCAAGAAUCCUGGCCACCUCCAGGCUUUGUUCGCGUCUAUGUUUGCAUAUUCUGCCACUUUUCAUAUCGACGACGCUGUUGAUCCUAUGACCCACAUUUGGACUUCGCCAUGCACCCCUGAUCCAAUGAGUUUCCACAACCUAGCAUUGAAAUUGAUUAACAAAUCCCUGGAUGAAUGUUCUGACCAGGCUCCAAGCAUUUGUUUGCUUCAAGCCAUGGUUCUGAUCACCUUUUGUGAACUGACAAAAGGCGUCCGUGGCCGAGCGUGGAGGCUCCUAGGCUCAUGUGUCCGGGUAGCGUACGAACUUCACCUGCAUCUAAUCGACUACGAAGCGCGUGACGAAUAUUUCAAGGUAGGUCGUGAUCUCUCACGUUGGAUUGCGGACGAGGAGCGACGACGAUGCUGGUGGGCUAUCUGGAAAAUGGACAACUUCGCCAGCGUCAUUCGGCGAUGUCCCACCGCCAUCGACUGGAACAUGAUUGAUACCUAUCUUCCUGUCUCGGACGAACUUUGGUUUAACAACCAAUUCCAACGGAGUUGCUUCCUCGAAAGGGAACCGACCACUCGAGCAGAAAUAUUGAAAAGCUGUGGGAAUGAUGGUGCAGAUGCCUGGCUGAUUGUCACCAGCUCCAUCAUGAGGGAUGCGCAGGUGCUCCUCAGAGGGAACCUCCGAGGAGUAUUGCUAGAUCUGGACCCUCAUAACGCUUCCGAGCAACUCCUACACUACUUCCACAAUUCCUUUUGCAGAAAGAGAACAGACAAAGACUCGGCACAAUUGAAAACUUUGAUUCGGGCUCUGCGGAAUACAAUCGCAAGUUUACCGAAAUUCCUUGUUUAUUAUGGAGAAUACCUUGACUUCGGCUUCAAACUUUUGGAGAGGAAACGUGACUCUGAAACCAGACGAAUGCACAGCGCGAAGUACAACAUCCAUCUCACGAUGAAACUAGCGCAAUUUAUGAUUUACCAUCACUACGCUUUUGGUGAAAUCGUCUCCGGCGUAAUAUUCACAGAGAAGGACACCAAACACGAGCCCUUGCUGUCAGAGGAACAAACAACCGAAAACGCGCUAGGGCUUGAGCAGUGUCUUCAGGCCGCCGAUGAUAUUUAUAUCCUUACUUCCCAAUGUCCAGAGGAUCAUGUUAAAUAUGUGAACCCUUUUCUUGCUAGUACAGUCUGGCUUUCCGCGUCGCUUCAAGUCUUGCGGAAGCUAUUCGGGAAAAGAGAAGAUCUCGAGGAGACGCUAUCAAAAUAUGCAAUAUUACGUGCAACCUGCGAACGAUACACUGCGUUUUGGAAUACACCUCUGACAUUGUUAGAAAAUCUGAACUCUCUGGAAGCCCGUCUGAGUCCAUACUGCAACUCCCCCCCCGAGUACAAGUGCCCCUCACGAUGUCCCCCACAAUUUGAAUAUGCCCAUGUCCUUCGGCAUGGCUGGAGAAACUCAAAUUCGAAACCCCAGUACUCUAGCCAAUGGAUACAACAGCCCUCAGCAGGGUCUACGGCCAUGUCUUCCACGAGUUGA